GAGCCCCCCGGCCCUCGCCCCGCCUGCCCAUGGCCGCCACCGCCGUCGCUCGCCGCGGCCUGGCCGCGGUGCUGCUGCUGGGCCGCCGCCGCCUCCUGCCCUGCCCGUCUCCGCCGCCCGCCCGCCGCCUCCUGCUCAGCGCUGCCGCCACCUCCCUCCGGCCGCUCCGCGCCGCCGUCCGCCGCUGCAGCCAGGUUGUAGGCUCGCCGUCACAGGAGGGUCAGCUCUCGGAGCAGGACGCGGAGCCCCCUAAGGGAGAAAAUGAAGACGCCGUCUUCCUCGUCAGGGCGCAGGGAUUCCCCUUCUCGUGCUCCGAGGAAGAUGUGCUUACCUUUUUUGAUGGCUGUAGAAUUCGGAACGGUGAGAACGGCAUACACUUCCUCUUAAACAGGGAUGGGAGACGCAGGGGAGAUGCCUUGAUUGAGCUGGAGUCAAAAGCAGAUGUCCAGAAAGCCUUGGAAAAGAACCUGAGAUACAUGGGCCCACGCUACGUGAAAGUUUUUGAAGUACACGAUCGAGAUGUAGAGGGCUUACUGCAGAGUCUGCAGAAUGAGUCGCAAGCCAUCAGUGAUGGAGUUGUACUACUCAGAGGUCUCCCGUUCACCUCCACUGAGGAUGACAUUGCAGAUUUUUUCUCAGGUUUGAGGAUAACUGACAUAGCUUUUGUUUACCGUGGAGAAAGAAAAUCUGGAGAAGCUUACGUGCAGUUUGCAGCUCCUGAAAUGGCAGCUAAAGCCCUCUUAAAGCAUAAGGAAUACAUGGGGAGUAGAUAUAUAGAAGUAUACGUGAGUAGAAAGCAGCAAAUGCAAAGGCAUGUGCCUUAUCACAAGCAGCUAGCAACCUUCCCCAGACUGAGAAGGGAGCUUGAAUUGAUUUCUGAAGGAAGGAGAUUGAGUGACAGUGGAAGCUCCAAUGUCAAGAGACAGAACCAACUAGGUAACGAAGAAACAGAAAACUCCAGGCACUGUUCAGAACCUGGGAGCACCUCAUCAUCGCCACACAUUGUCCACGUGAGGGGUUUUCCUACCCAAACUAGAGCCCAAGACAUAAUAAAUUUUUUUGCUCCACUGAAGCCCACAAGGAUCAUGGUGGAAUACAACUCCCAUGGAGAUGCCACAGGAGAAGCAGAUGUGCAUUUUGAGAGCCAUGACGACGCAGUCACUGCAAUGACUAAGGAGGGGACACAGCUGCAGUGUGGUACCAUUGAAUUAUUCCUGAAUGAACACCCAAAGGCAAAACAAGACUGCUAGUGACGGGCAAGAUCGCAGCUUUGGCCAGAGCAAACACAUUCCUUGGGUACAAGCAUAAAGACUGAGUACGAGUGUCACCGCUGAAUUACAAGGAUGAACUAUAAAAUGUAGUUUGUAUUUAUGUAAAAAGCAUGUAAUAAACUGUGUUGACACACUGUGGGAAGGUUGUCUGUCCCAAAAGUAGAAAAAGCUUUACUAGAGGAACAGCAAAUGCUGCAGGACGGAGUGGUUCUAGUCUCCAGCUGUGUACUGGUGUACAAAGCAUUAAUAAAACACCAGUAUGGGCAAUUAACACCACCCAAGCGAUUGAAGAUCCCAGUACACAGAAGGCAGCAGUUGUGCUGUGUAGUAUGGCUAACACCUCAUCCCCCUCCUGCCAUGCUUCUCUCGUUUCUGUAUUGGCAUGUUACUGGUUAUGAAAUAGUUUCAUACCCAUAGCCAAAGCAGAAGGGAAAGCCCACUCAAGACGCAGGAUACAGAUGAGAAAGUUUUUAUUGUUGCAUGUGGAACAAAAUUAACAACAGAAAAACAGCUUUUUGUCCUGCUCCAUCCCAAUGUCCAGGUACGAACCCAAAAAUCCAGCAUUACCUGAGCAAAUAUGCCUUUAACAUUUGCAGCAUCACCAAGUGUAACAUCCAGUACUUAAAAGCAGAGCCUUUCACCAAGAUAAACCAGGGAGGCAGCUACUGUUGAUGCAACUGACAGCCAACUUGGUUGUGCUCUGGUUUUUCUGAAUGCCAGUUUCUGUUACAACAGCCGGAGCCAUAUUUUGAAAGGUUUUCAGGUGCCUCUGUAAAGGGCUGCUUGUUCAUAGAGAUCUUGUGUAACAAUUAAGGACCUGCUCAAGAAGUGUCCUGAUUUUUACACGAAGAUGACCACAACGUUCACUACAAGCAAGCGGAGCAGCAGCCACUCCUGUUGAAGCAGCAGAAAGCUAUGUACAGGUCACAAAUAAGCUGUGAUUCCAGAGCUGCAGAAUUGCUCGGAUGCCCCAGCAAUAAAGUCACUUCA